CAUCAAUCCAUCUUUGAUUCCUUGUUAUACUUUCUUCAUCUAAAAAAAAAUCCUUGAUUCCUUGUGUACGCUUCUCUUGCACUCUGAUCCAUCCCACUACAAGUCGCCAUGCUUCCUCCUCCUUACUUACUGUGUUGGCUUCUCUUCUGCCUGGGUUACAGCUCCCCUGCUUUCGCUGCUGUAAAUGGCAGUACUCUGACGGCAGGCAAAGCCCUCGUCGGCGGUGAGAAGCUCGUCUCCAGCAAUGGCAAGUUCGCAAUGGGCUUCUUCCAAAAAGGCGCGAGUAAGUCCUCCGUCAACACCACCUUUCCCAACUGGUACCUAGGCAUAUGGUUCAACAAGAUCCCCAAGUUCACUCCUGUGUGGGUUGCCAAUAGAGAGAAGCCAAUCACUGAGCCAGCCUUGAACCUGUCAAGACUCACAGUGUCAGGAGAUGGCAAUCUAGUCAUCUUAAACCAUGUAACGAAGUCCGUAAUCUGGUCGAGCCAAAUUAUUAACAGAACCAAAACCAGUGGCAACACCACUGCUGUGCUCUCGGACAAUGGAAACCUUGUCAUACAAGAUGCCUCAAACCCAUCCAGAGUUUGGUGGCAGAGCUUCGAGCACCCAACCGAUGUUUUCCUCCCUGGCGGGAAGAUUGGCCGGAACAAGGUCACUGGUAGGACAUAUAGCUUUGUUUCAAAUAAGAACUUGAUCGACCCAGCCCCGGGCAUAUACUGCAUGGAGAUAGACCCCAGCGGUGCACAGCAAUUCUUUGUUAAGCUUUGCAACACAUCUAUAGUGUAUUUUUCCACUGGGGUUUGGAACGGCAAGUACUUUCCCUCGGUGCCGGAGAUGUCAGGAAGUGCUUUUCUUACUUGCAAUUUCAUCGAAAACAAUGAAGAGGAGUACUUCACUUACGCCCCGGUGGAUGAGUCAGUGACCACAAUCUGCUUGCUUGACGUCACUGGUGUUACCAAGCAGCUUCUUUGGGUUGAAGCCUUGCAAGAUUGGGAAACGAUAUAUUUCCAACCCAAAGCACCAUGUGAUGUUUUCUCUGUAUGCGGUCCUUUUUCAGUCUGCAAUGACAACGCGCUUCGACUGUGCAACUGCAUGAAGGGGUUUGCCGUGAAGUCACCGGAGGACUGGGACCUGGAUGAAAGGAGGGGUGGAUGCUUGAGAACUGCUCCACUAGAUUGCAGCAGGAACGUAAGCGCAAAAGAGUUGACUGAUCAGUUUUUCCCCAUAUCUAGUGUCAGAUUGCCCUAUGAUGCUCAUGCCAUGGAAGCUGUUGCAAGUGCACAGGAAUGUAUGCAGGUUUGUCUAAGUAAUUGCUCUUGCACUGCAUAUUCGUACAGCAAAGGUGUCUGUUCAAUAUGGCAAGGUGAACUUCUUAAUGUAAAACAGUAUAAUGGCACCACAGAUACUAACGGAGAGGUUCUUUACCUUCGUCUUGCUGCUGAAGAGGUGCAAAGUUGGGGAAACAGUGGCCGAAGGCGAAUGAUCAUUGGUGUUGUGGUUGGUGCAAGUGUUUUUGCUCUGGUUUUGUUGGUUCUUGUCCUGCUAUCAAUUAUUUGGAGGAACAAGAGGAAGUUGUGUGGUCAUCUAAACAGUGUCAAAUAUGGUGGUGGAGUUUUAGCUUUUAGAUAUGUUGAGUUGCAGCACGCAACUAAAAAUUUCUCGGAGAAGCUCGGUGAAGGUGGUUUUGGUUCUGUAUUCAAGGGGAUUCUAGGUGACUCAACUACAAUAGCAGUUAAAACUCUUGAUGGUACACGUCAAGGAGAAAAGCAGUUCAGAGCUGAGGUCAGUACGAUUGGAAUGAUUCAGCAUGUCAAUUUAGUAAAACUAAUUGGUUUCUGUUGUGAAGAUGAUAGAAGGAUGCUUGUUUAUGAGCAUAUGAAGAACCGUUCUCUUGAUGUCCAUUUGUUUCGAAGAAAUGGUACAAUACUAAAUUGGGGUACAAGGUACCACAUAGCCAUAGGGAUUGCGAAAGGGUUGUCCUACCUGCAUGAGAGUUGUCAUGAAUGCAUCAUACAUUGUGAUGUUAAGCCGGAAAACAUACUUCUUGAUGUAUCAUUUGUUCCUAAGAUUGCAGACUUUGGGAUGGCAAAACUUGUGGGGAGGGACUUUAGUCGAGUUCUGACUACGAUGAGAGGAACUAUAGGGUAUCUCGCACCAGAGUGGAUUAGUGGAGUAGCAAUCACACAAAAGGUCGAUAUUUAUAGCUAUGGAAUGGUACUGUUAGAAAUCGUAUCAGGAAGGAGGAAUGCAAUCGAAGAAUGUACAGGUAAUGGUGAUCAUGCUGUUUAUUUUCCUGUACAAGCUGCACGUAAGCUUCAUGAGGGAGAUUUGGGUAGCUUGGUCGAUCACCGAUUACUUGGUGAGAUCAACAUGGAGGAGGUCGAAAGAGCUUGCAAGGUUGCAUGUUGGUGCAUUCAGGAUAAUGAAUUUGAUCGGCCAACGAUGGGUGAUGUGGUUCAGGUACUUGAGGGUCUAGUAGAGGUUGGCAGGCCCCCAGUGCCAAGGCUACUUCAAACUAUAUUGGAAAGCUCUGCUACAUCCUGAGCGUACAUCAUAAAGGCAAGAGUUCAUAUUUGAGCAGAGCUGUGAUAUUUGUAAGAAAAUUUUACCGUGCAUGUACACUUGCCUGUCAUUGACUCAUAUUUUAACAUGCUAUUUUUGAAAAUUAGUA